AUGGAACGGACACGGCGGGACUCUCGUAAAAUCUUGCCGGACUUCUCGCCGGACCCUGCACGAGAGAAGAUGCUGAGCACUACCGCCGUAUCCAGGAAACAAUUUCGUUCACAGUCGGUGGCAAGUUCGGAUCCAAGAAGUCCAUAUUUCACCAAUUACUGGCUCAAUUCUGCCAAAAACCACAUUAACAGAUCGCCAAGUGUUGCUUGUGUGCCACAGUACGAUGCUUCUAGUACAGAACUUCGAAAUUUUCGAGAGGGAGAAAGAAAAAAGAGGGGCAGGAAAGGAAAUAUACCUGGUCUCAAUUUAACUUUAUCCCCUAGUGAUCCAAAAGCAUCCACAAUCCAUCAACAUUAUUAUCCUGAAGGAGGCUGGGGAUGGAUAGUUAUGUGCUGUGCGUUGAUAUUCAACAUAGUCGCAAGUGCCAUGCAAAUAUCUGUAGGGUUUCUUGUUUUAGAAAUCAGAAAUCAGUUUCUACAAGGAAAGAAUUCUCUGGAGCCUGUUGUCGUAGUAGCAGUAUCCUCAGCAAUAUCUUUACUUCUGUCACCCAUCGUCGUGGCUCUUUGCAAGAGAAAAAGCAUCAGACUAUUGGCUAUCUUUGGAGGAAUCGUCACGUCACUAGGAUGUCUAUUUACGUCUUUUGCUUCCCAAUUGCACCAAUUAUACCUGAGUUGUGGACUCUUUAUUGGAUCAGGAGAUUGCUUGGCAAGGGAAACUGCCACUAUCAUUGUUGGUCAAUAUUUCAAGAAAAGGCGGCAGGAAGUUGAGAUGAUAUUUCUCAUGGGUUACGGAGUUGGUAUUGCCACCAUUCCUCUUCUUUUCAGUUAUUGGAUCAGAACUUUGGGAUGGAGACGAGGACUGCAGAUCUUGGCCGGAUUACAAACUGUCACGUGUUUUGUCGCCAUUUUAUACAGGCCGGCAUCUCUGUAUCAUCCUCAAAGAAGAGCAAUUCUGCACAUCAAAAGUCUUCAAAAAAGAUCUAAAGCAAAGGAUAAAACACCUGUUGUAGAGAAACGGAAGUUUUUGGAUUUUUCAGUUCUCAAAUCAAAAACUGUUCAGAUUUUGAUCUUUGCUAGUGGAAUCACUGCAUUUGGAAUGACUUCUCCCUUUACUUUACUGGUUGAAGAAAUGAAACGUGAUGAGCUCGACAUGAAAAGUAUAUACCAAGUUCAGAUAAAUUUAGGGAUAGCUAUAUCAUUAGGUACAGCAGCUUUUGGACUGAUUGUCAUCAAGAACAGUGUCCAGUGCAUGAUUGCAAAACAGUACCUCUGCCAAGCAGCAGGUUUCUUUCUCAGUGGUUGGUUUCUUGCCUACCCGACUCUGACUGGUUUCUAUGGAUACAUAUUAUUUGUUUGGAUAUACGGCAUCUUUUAUGGAGGGUACAUCUAUUCUUUUAAACUCUGUGUCUUUGAGAAAGUUCGAGCUAGAAAUUAUGCAAGAACGUGGUCUUUUCUGCAAUGGAGCCAAGCAGUUCCAAGCUUCAUCGGUAUCCCUGUCAUCUAUCAUCUAAACGAAGUCCUUGGAUCGAAGCGUGGAUAUUACAUUUCCUCUGCAGUGGUAUUCCUCGGAAGCAUGAGUUUGUUCUUCAUAGACAUGCACAAGAGUCAUAUCAGAAAACAAAAGCAACUUGAACUCGAAAACAACGCUGAGGCAGCUUUGAAAAGAGCAGCUGAAGCUAAAAGGUUGUCCCAGGAUACAUUGGCAGAGAUACCCGCACCAAAAGAAUACGGAGACUUACGGAAAGCUCAAGAACUGACAUGCGUAUCAGAGGAAAUGUUGGUGGAAAAUUGCAUGGAGGAUUACAUCGACGAUUGCAUUACUUCUUGCAAUAAAGAGGAGAAAUUCCUGAUGCUUAGUGAGUUUGAAAACAAUCUUUUUAAAACGGAUGAAACGCUGGAAAAAGGAUCCGCUUCAAGAGAUUACCCAUGUAAUUCGGAGAAUUGCCACUAUUGCCCAGUUUGUUCCCGUAAUGACGAAUUUAGAGGUGCUGAUCGAUUGUACUCGCCUCGCAAAAUGUUAAAAGCGAUUAGUAGUAUUGAUGUAAUAGAUGAAGUGACUUCCCUCUAAGGAUACUUUCAAAUCAAAAAUGUCAAUCAAAACCAAAGAUGUUGCGUAGAAGUUAGUUGUAAAUAAAUAUUGAUGUUUCAGAAUAUCUCUUGAGAGAUCGAUAUAUUUGUUGGGGGCAAAUCAUUUUGAUAUUUGUUAAC